AUGAAAUCGCUUGUUCUUUUUGGCCUUCUCGUUUUAGCCGCUUACGAAGUAAGUUUUAGGCUACAAAAAAGGUGCCAAGACAGUGCUGAAUAGUCUUAAAAUCAACUGUUUUAGAGUGCAACGUGUCCAAUAAACCAUGAUGAACAACUGGCUGAGAGCCUGUAUAAAAUGUUUCAACUGGCUGAGCUGCCGUUCUCCAGAGAACACAUUCAUGUGCACUUGCUGAAGACCAGGUUUUUGGUGAGUUGAAAAUUGAGAGCCUUAUACAGUGGGACCGGAUCCAGUGGCAAAAAACGUACCAUUUUGUGUCCGGGAGGUAUAAAAAUGUGGCAAAAUGCUUCCCUCUCCAAGUGAAAAAACUUCGUUUUGAAGGGUGCCUCGCAACAAGAGCGGGCGGGCUUUUGAAACCGGAGUUUUUCCACUUGGAGAUGGAGGUAUUUUGCCACUUUUUUUGGUGCUUCCUGGAUGCAAAAUGGUGCGUUUUUUGCCAUUGGAUCAGGUCCCCCACUGCAUGUACAAAAUAAUUGUACGACCUCAAAUCCUGAGGCCGUUGCGGAAACUCUUCCGGCUUCGCUUGUCAGAAGUCCAAGUAUAGGGAUAUCACUCUGUCGGGAAAAUAAUGAGCAAAUGUAAAGUAAUGAUUUUUCCCUGACAGAACUCGUUUUCUCGGCGGCGGUGCGAUUUUCGAUGCGAUAGAAUGCUCAUUAUCUUCACGACAGACUGAUAAUAUGCUACCGUGUCGGGGAAAGUGAGGGCAAAUCAAUCACAAUUUUGUUUCAGAGUCUCCAACUGGCGAAAAAGCAUGGCGGCUUUGCUAAAGUGUCGAAACUUCUGGACUUAAAAGAUCGACUCUUCAGUGUUCCAACCAACGAUCCACUUGGCCCUAGACUUCAUGCUUAUAUCGAUGUGCUGGUCGAAAUCCGCGCGAUUCUGAAAAGCAGGCAUGCUUCGGAUGUUGAAUUGAUUUAUCUGGAUGAGUCGAUCACUGUUUUAAGAGCUAUCAGACAUGUAGGUGACCAGAUAUCGUCCUUUUGAUUAUACAUAUGAUCUCUUUAUGGCUUACUGUAAUGAUGACUAUAUCAUUUUUUUCUUUCAUUUAGAGUCCACGUCACGAGAAGGCCGUGAAAAUUCUGGACUAUAUAAUGAAGCAGCUGCACCAUGACUUGACUGGCGAACAAGCCAUGGUCAAGUUUUCGAUGGCCAUUGUGGCCGCUUACAGUGCUGGGGAAGAGGUGAACCUAAACCCAACCGACCUUAUCAUGGAUAUGGCUGAUAGUGUGAUGCGGGUCCCCUUGAAUUUUUUGGCAGACAAGUACAAUGAAAUGGCUUUUUCGGUGCGUAGAAUCGAUGAUACUUUGGAUAAAAGUGGUAAUGAAACACGUCGGCCAAUCAAAGACUUGAUCAAUUUGUUGCCGAUAGUGAUGUACUAA